UACUGCCAGAGGGACAGUCUGGAAGUCGCUUGUCAAGUUUCACCCUGACCUUGAGCAUCAGCAUUUUUCAUUCAUAUUAAGCUCUUCAUUUUUAUUUUAUGAUUAGAUUGAGCAUUGUUUUUGUCAUGCACUUGUUUCUAUACUGAUUAAUUGAAUAGAGAAAUCGUUCUGUUAUUUAGUUUAUUUUCAUGGGGUAAACUUCGCUCAUGGCCACAGUGUGACAGCGCGUUUUUUCGUGAGAACUGUAUGCGUAAUUGGAGAGGUUCGAGUCGCAGGUUGUAUACCAUUCAAAUCUUUUUUAUUUUGGACGACAGUUCAGCAAAAUUGUUUUCCAAGGAUGCGCGGCCUGACUCGGAAUAGAUUCUGGUGUGUCUUCGCGCUGCUUGUCGCUGCACUGAGGAUGGGAGCGUCGGAGAGAGCGGAGCGCUCCAAGGCAAACUCCAUCAGAGCGGCUCUGUUGGGAGAACCCACACCAGCCACAAACCACUCAGCUACUCUAGAAAUCGGGAUCACCAAGAAAGGCAAAAUACUUGCGCAGGUGUAUCCAUGCAGUAACGAUAAGGAGUGCACCGUGGGUUGCUACUGCCACAGUCCCCAGCACGCCCCAUCCCGCUGUCUGACCUGUAGGCGGAGGAAGAAGCGCUGCCACAGAGAUGCCAUGUGUUGCCCAGGAAACCGAUGUAGCAACUAUACUUGCGUCCCCAUCUCGGAGAGCGUCCUCUCGCCUCACAUCUCGGCCUUGGAUGACCACAACAAGUUUUCCACCAAGGGCAGCACCAGCUGGAAGAAGAGCGGGAAAACAACAGAGGCCAAACACUCUCUCAAAGGACACGAGGGCGACCCGUGCCUGCGUUCCUCGGACUGCUCUGAAGACCACUGCUGUGCCCGCCACUUCUGGACAAAGAUCUGCAAGCCGGUGCUGAGGCAGGGCGAGGUGUGCACCAAGCAGCGGAAGAAGGGCUCCCACGGCCUGGAGAUCUUCCAGCGCUGCGACUGCGCUAAGGGCCUCUCCUGCAAGGUCUGGAAGGAUGCCACCUCCUCGUCCAAGUCCCGCCUCCACAUGUGCCAGAGGAUCUGAGGGGCUGAGGGAUGAGGCGGGGCUUUCUGCCGAGGCCUUCCUCUUACUCCGCCUGCCUUCCGGAAGGGGAACCAAGGAGACGACGCGGGAUGGAUGGGACUGAGUGGGAAAGUGACUGGAAAAGAGACACUGAGAGUGACAUGGGAUGAUGCUAAAGUCGAUAGCCAGUAAACCAAAGCAAGGAAGAAAGUCUGGUCUGAAAUCGUUUGGUACUGUUCCACUUAAUGCUCGUCCUGUUUGGUUGUGUUUCCGACUCGGAACGUUCCGAGAGCAUUCUGAGAGUGUUGCAUUCAUCGUCAAGUUGUUUCAGAGAGUUCUCAAGAACUUGAUGUAAAAUAACUUCUCUGCGUUGAAGACUCUUAACAAAGAUUGUUGUGGUAUCUAUAAAUUAUCCUUAAAAUGUUGAGUAUGUUUAUCACCCAGUGAAAUGAUAAGCCAUACAUAUCUCUAUUCCAUUAACAAAGGGAAUAGGCACAUUCUCCUUCCGCCAUUGCUUUUAAUUCAGUUCUGUUGUGAAGCACUUGCAUCUAUCAUAGAGUAAUUGGAAAUACAUGCUUCAUAUUUACAUGAGACAGUUUGAAAUAUGCAGAUCAUGACACAAGACAAAUAACCAGAAGAAAAAUGUUCCUGUCUGGUUUUUCUGAUAUCGUUCUUUAGAGAAGCAGUACAGAAGUGAUGGGUUCUACCGUUUGUUUACUAGUUCUGUAGGUUGGUUUUUGGCACAUAUUUCACAUUUUAUUUUUACACUAAGGGAAUGACAGAACCCCAGAUAAAGCACUAUAAAUAUGUAAUCUCACUAUUUUGUAUUUGUAGUGUUUGCUCCGUAGUGAUUGUGUUUGUAGCAUUUUCUCUGUCGUGUAAACAAAGUGGGAAUCUGUAGACGAAUCACAUGAAUGUAUUCAUAGUCACCAUAGUUAUACCUAUCCUGUAUUACUUUAAUGUGAUACAAAAAUCUCUCUUUGACCAAAGAGUGUAAAACCAAACUGAACCUUGAGUAGUGCCAAAUCAUAUUGAUUUGGGCCAUAACCUGUUCAUUCAAUCAUUACCAGGCUUGUAUAGAGAAAUGAGUUUGAAUGUUUCAGAUCUGUUCUUGUAGAAUUGUGUGUAGCGAUAUAAAGGUAGUUAGUGCCUGGCCUGGAAUCCAAACAUGUGUAGUUGUAUAUAUUUGGAUGGAACGCACACAGCACGUCCUUAAAACGUAGGGGACGUCUUAAUUACUUGUUUUGCAGUGAAGGCUAGAUUCUAGAACCCAUGUUGGAUUCCAAACGUAUUCAGUUUGAUCUGUUCAACCACAGUACCUAAGGGGCAGUGGUAAGAACUGAUAAUGGACAGCUAAAUACUUCUGGUCCCAAAAUCACAUCCACAUGACAUGAGCUGGGGUCACAACCAGCAAUCCAGCAAUUUAAUGAGGACAUAUUUAACACAUGGUUCGUUUUAUGUAUGUUAUCCAGUAACUGCUUAACAUUUCUGAAAAUAUUACCAUAAUUUAGAAUAUGGUUGAUAACCGUUGCCCUCUUCCCUACAUGUAUUUAAUAGA